GAGCUGGUUGGAUGCGGCGAGCCUCAUGUUCCAGAGAACGGCUUCAAGGUUGGAGAGAAUUAUUGGGCAGGAGAGAUAGUGACUUUUGCGUGUGACGCAGGAUACCAAUUGGAAGGACCUACAAACAGACUGUGCUUGGAAAAUGGCAACUGGAGUAACGUAGAACCGACAUGUAAGAAAGAGAUAACCGUAAAUUAAGCAUACAACGAAGGGUAAAUUAACAAAUUAAUCUCAUUGUUUCCUUAGGCCAUCAUCUUUGCGAGGAACCUCCUCCUCUAGAGAAUGGUUAUAGAAUAGGAAAUGAAUUUUGGGAAGGGAAAAAUGUUACCUACGAGUGCAACAAAGGAUACCAGCUUAGAGGACCACAUGUCAGGGUUUGUAAAGAAAAUGGAAACUGGACAGAAGAAGGACCAUCAUGUGAAGGUAACGCUUAUGAGGAUUGAAAACAUUUUAAAGUUUCAUCAAAGAUCUUUGCAAAGAAAGGUUUCAAGAAAAUCUUGGAAUUACACGGAUCAGACUAGGCCUAAGAUCAAAAUUAUAUCUCUCCUCAAGUACAUAUAUGGAUUGAAAGAGAUUACUCUGGUACGUAAUCACCAUUGAAUAAAUCUAUGUGACUUUAUUACACCAGGCCCGGAAUUCGAGCAUUCAGAAAUCCUUCUGAACAAAACUGAAUACUGGGAGCUCCUUAAAGGCUGGCUGGGUCCUGUGUCUACACUGCCAGCCAAGUGGAAGCUUUGCUACAGAGCUACUGAUCAUGGGUGGAGCUCCAGUACAUUCCACUCGCAGUGCAACAGCUUAGGACCAACAGUGACGUUUAUUAGAGUGGGAGAGUACAUGUUUGGUGCAUACACGGACAGGAACUGGCGUAAGUAAUGACAUAACGAGGAUCUUACUAGAAUGUAGAAAUAACCUGCGUAGAAAAAUUUCAAAUGAGAGCCAUCAUAUGAUUUCUUACAAGUCAAAAAAAAGGAAAAAGGAAAUGUUUUGGAAGACGAAAGAACUACUCUUAAAGUAAUAAUUUUGUCACAACCUCAUCACCUGUUUUCAUGUCUUAACACAUUUUUGGUUAACAACUUUACUCUGACAUUUGAUGGGUUGACAGCAGAGCACUAAUUUAUUUACACAACUGCCACACCUCGUUGAUAUUCUGCUCAAUGUAAAAUCAGUUUAACAUUGGUCAAAUUUUUGCGGUUUUAAUUUACGGUUUGUUCACGAGUACAAUUUUUCUCUACCAGUUUUGUAUGAACAGACAGCUUUCUUACAACGCUAAUCUAUUUGAGAAAAGUAGGACUUGACUUAAUCCUUCAAGGAAAAGUUCUUGAUGAGGAGUGAUAUUCCUAAACAGAGGGUACACGGCAUCGUGAUAGUUAGUAUUAAAACGACUUAGAAUGCCAUUUUUUGCUGUUAUUCAGUGAACCUUUCACCGACAUUUGGUAAAGCUCGUGAUCAUUUUUGACGCAAUUGUUUUGAUCCCCACUUGCGAGUCGAUGUAAUGCAAGCAUUCAUUGGAUAUUUUUGUAGUACGUUGUCAUGUAUAUAUUUCGUUCCGUAUUCAUGAGGAUCAACUCAACUAACACUGGAAUGCCAUAAUUUCUCUGAGGUAGCAGCAAACAAGGAAACAAACUUAUGCCAGUUUCAAGCGCACAGAACAAACAUUGCAAAGGACACAACUACAGCCGAGUUCACAUGCUCAUUCAAAACAUAGACUUUGUUUUUAAUUUCUUUCUUCGGUGAAGCAUUUACGUGUGUACUUUAUAGCAUAUUCCUGAUUAAUUCCUGUUUUUUUCCAGAUUCGAGCGGCUCGUACACAGAUUCGUUGUAUAGCUUCAUAUUCUCUUUUAAAAACCACUAUGGACUGGAACCAUUUAAGCUUCAUGUUAAGAAUAGUCAGCAUGCCAUAUACGGCAACAGCGGUUACGGCCCAACAUUCGGCAGUGGACACGAUAUUUACAUCGCAAACUCUGCAGGCUACAACACAAAUUCCUACAGCAACUUGGGCGACGGUUAUGUGCAGUUGGCCGGUUACCGGCAGGGUUCGAGUGACGCGAAAAGUCUGUUGGCCGGAAGUUACAAAUUCCAGCCUCAUGAAGUUGAAGUGUUUUAUCAGACUCACAAGGGCUAA